AUGAACAAACCAAAUCUGUUUCGUGUAAUACUGACUCUAGCUAUCAUUGAACGGGUACAACAAAGCUCUGGGGCUGGUUUUCGUUCGGUUGAUGACGAAGUUCUGGAAGAAAUAUUUUCCAACUACAGUUCCCAGUCCAGGCCUGUUGUAAAUGUAAAUGAAACUGUGGAGGUCAAUGUUUAUUUUGGGCUGCUGAAUAUUCUGAACGUGGAUUCCAAAAGUCAAAGUUUGGAGUUGUCUGCUUUUAUUAACAUCCAAUGGACUGAUGGACGACUGGCUUGGGAUACCUACAACAAUGCAAGGGAUAAAAUCUGGACGCCUGUUAUCGGCCUUAGGAACAGCCUGGGCCCUAUGCAACUAGACCAGACCAUGUUCAACCAACCCUCCAUACAUCACAGUGGCAAAGUUUAUGACGUAUUUGCAGGGGUCAUCACUACAAGGUAUCUCUUGUUUGAAUUAAUCAUGUCGUUACAGUAA